AGAUUGGAGCUGUCGUCUGCCAUAACAUAACCUUUUUUGCACUUUAGAUCCUUUGAGCAAUGUCAGAAGUCGAAGAAGCACCAGCAGAAGCUGCAGAAGCAGCUGUAGAACAAGAUGUUGUAUCUGAAGAGGACAAACAAUACUUAAUGGAUUAUGUAAAAGAAACAGAACAACGCCUUGCUACAAAAGAAGAAAUUCGUGCAGGCAAUUUAAAUCCUAAUAGGCCACCAGAUACAUAUUUUAGUAAAUUGGAUUCUACACUAAAAAGAAACACAACAUUUGUUAAAAAACUAAAAAAUUUUAGUAGCAUACAAUUAGACAUGGUUCUAAAAGAUAUGACACAUUUAAAUUUAACAAAAUAUGUAAGUGAAGUUGCUACUGCUCUAGUGGAUGCCAAACUAAAAAUGACAGAUGUUGCACCUGCCAUCAAAGUAUGCAGUUUUCUACAUCAGACAUAUGCAGAAUUCUCUACGCAUUUCUUUGAAAAUUGGCAAAGGAUUUUAUCGCUAAAAGUUGUGGAUAAAAUUGCAAAUCCAAGCAAACUUAGAGUAGACCUCAGGUUUUAUGCUGAAUUAGUUAAUGCAGGAAUUUUUACGCAUAAACAAGGAUUGCCUUUACUGGGUUCAGCAUUAACAGUUUUAAUUAAUAUGGAUAAAGAAGAACAUAACAAUGCAAGUAUUAUAUUAAGUUUCUGCAAACAUUGUGGUGAAGAUUAUGCAGGUCUUGUACCUAAACGAGUAAGAGAAAUAUCAGAGAAAUUAAAUGUAUUAAUCCCUAAAAGUAAAUUACUUUCACCUGAUAAACAGCAAAAUGUUAAGUUGUUGCUACGUGAGUAUUAUAAUUCGUUAUGCAAGCAUUUAUUGAAGGAACAUAAAGACCUUCAAGCUUUUGAAAAGCAAAAUCGAAAGAUCUUACAAACCAGAGGUGAACUGAGUUCUGAAAGAAAAGAGAAACUUGAAAGUCUACAAGUGUCUUAUGAUCGCUUACUUAGCAAUGUUCAAAGUUUUUCAGAUACGUUAGACGAACCUAUGCCAGAACUUCCUGUCGAUAGUGAAAUGAAAGCAGAAGCAGAAGAGACAUUGAAAAUGAUUAGUGAGGGCGAGGAAAAUAGUAUUCUUGAGGAUAUGUGGGGAGAUGAAGAAACUAGACGAUUUUAUGAAGUUUUACCAGAUUUAACAGUGUUCCUUCCAGGAUCAUACUUGAAAGAAGUACCUAAACAAGAUGUCCCAAUAAGCGAAGAAGCUUUGGAUGAAGAAAUCACGUUUGAUGAACUGGAAGAAACUGAAAAAGUAGAUGAACCGGAAGCAGAGGUGGAGGAACCUCAAGUUGCGAACAUUAGUAAUAAAAUACUCUUGGAUGCAUUCUUGACACAUUUACCAAAUUGCGUUAAUCGUGAAAUGAUUGACAAUGCAGCUGUUCACUUCUUAAUGAAUCUCAAUACAAAGCAUAACAAAAAAAAAUUAGUGAAAGCAUUAUUUGGCGUGUCUAGAAUUCGUUUGGAUUUACUACCAUUUUACUCGCGUCUGGCUGCUAUUCUUUAUCUCGUUAUGCCUGACGUUGGAAAUGACUUAUGUUUAAUGUUAAAACAUGACUUUAAAUACCAUGUACGUAAAAAGGAUCAAAUUAAUAUUGAAUCAAAAGUAAAAGUUGUUAGGUAUAUUGGUGAACUUGUAAAAUUUAAACUUUAUUCAAAGAUAGAAGCACUAUAUUGUCUGAAAGUUUUGUUGCAUGAUUUUACUCAUCAUCAUAUUGAAAUGGCAUGUAAUUUAUUAGAAACAUGUGGUAGGUACUUGUUUUGUUCUCCAGAUUCGCACCAGAGAACAAAAGUAUAUUUGGAACAAAUGAUGCGUAAAAAAGCUGUUACUGCAUUGGAUUCACGUUAUGUAACAAUAAUUGAGAAUGCAUAUUAUUUUGUAAAUCCACCAGAAUCAACUGGUGGUGUUUCUAAGAAGGACAGACCACCAAUUCAUGAAUUUAUACGAAAAUUACUGUAUCAAGAUCUUUCGAAAACCAAUACCGAUAAAGUUCUUAAAUGGAUGCGUAAAUUAGACUGGGAAGAUGAAAGUGUAUCAUCUUAUGCUAUUAAAUGCCUCACUGCCGCGUACAAUGUGAAAUAUUUAAAUAUUCGAUGUGUGGGAAGUUUAUUAGCAGGACUUGUUGGGUAUUACGAAACUAUAGGACCCCAUGUAGUUGAUGGCGUGUUGGAAGAUAUAAGAUUAUGCAUGGAAAUUAAUUUGCCAAAGUUUAAUCAACGUCGCAUUGCAAUGGUUAAAUAUCUUGGAGAACUGUAUAAUUAUCGCAUGGUGGAAAGUGGAGAUAUUUUUCGAACUCUGUAUCUCCUAAUUACUUUUGGAGUCAGUAUGGAUCAUAAUGUACCAAGUGUUUUGGAUCCCCCAGAUCAUUUGUUCAGAAUUCGAUUAGUUUGUACAUUAUUAGAAACAUGUGGACAGUAUUUCAGCAGUGGUUCUAGCAAGAAAAAACUGGACUAUUUUCUAAUAUUCUUUCAAAAUUAUUAUUGGUUUAAAUACACAGAUCCAAUCUGGACCACUGAGAAUCAUUUCCCAGUGGGUAUAGACUACAUGUAUCGCGACACAUUAACAAUGUUGAGGCCUAAAAUGCAGCUGUUUCAAAGUUAUAAGGAAGCACAAUGUGCUGUAGAAGAAUUACGAAAUACAUUGUAUCCCACCCUUGGAAAUCCCAUUGCAGAGGAUGGUGCUGAUGUAGAAUCUGAUAUGGGUGUAAUUGCUGAAGGUGAUGAAGAGGUUACUGUAACAUCUGGAAAUGGCAGUGGAGAUGCAAAGGGUGUAGCUGACUUACAUUUUGAGGAAUCCGAAGAUUGUUCUGAAGCGCAAUCAGAAGAAGAAUGGACAGCUGAUGCAGAAAGAGAUGAUACUAUGGGUACCCAAGAAAAUACACAAGGGGAUCAAAGUCUUUCAGAAGGUGGUACAGAUGGUGUUCUUAUGGAUGUCACAGAAUUGAAUGCAGCAUUACCAGCAGGUCCUAGAAGAGUGAGUUGUCCUGAAGAUGAUGACUUUUUAUCCGCUCUUGAUAAAAUGGUUUCAGAUAACAUACAAGACAGAAUGCGAGAUUCCGUGAAACCACAACAAGUAGAUAUUUCAGUUCCUUUACAUGUAAAGAGUACUAAAAAAACAUACGAACAAUUACAAGAGAGACCUUCUGAUAAUAGUACAGUCGACUUUGUUCUUAUGCUAAGAAAAGGUAACAAACAACAGUAUAAAAACUUAGCAGUUCCAGUGUCAUCAGAAUUAGCGAUGAACCUUCGAAAUCGAGAACAAGAACAGAAGGAAGAAAAAGAACGAGUUAAAAGAUUAACAUUAAAUAUAACGGAAAGGCAAGAAGAGGAAGAUUACCAAGAAACAAUUAAUCAAAGUACAAGACCAGUGACAGUAAAUUUAAAUAGAGAGCGACGACAAAAAUAUAACCACCCUAAAGGUGCACCAGAUGCCGAUCUUAUUUUUGGUCCCAAAAAGAUUCGAUAAAUUUGUUCGAUUGAUCUUGAAAGCAUAUGUGUCAUGCUAUAAAAUCAAAAGUGAUUUUGUACAAAACUAUG